UUUCUUGUGAUAUACACACAGUUGGAAAUGUGGUGAAUAUACCAAAAAAAAUUAUGGCCUAUUCUAUCUUCGAAGUAAUAUGAUGUGUAUAUGUGCUUAUAACAGAGGAUAUGCCAUUUAUAUAUACACAACGACACACCGGCAUAUCAUUUUGUUUAAUAAAAUUUUCGUUUUUAUUUACUUUAAGAGUAUAGUCGUACGGUUGACUUAAACGCCAAUUUUCGUUUCGUUCAUUUUCGCUCGAUAUCGCGGACAGGUUACACCGAUUAUUAAGUCUCGUUGCGCGUGUGCGGUGUGAUUAAAAAUAUUUAAUAAUAUUUUUAAUUCAAUAAAUUGACUUUAUUAAUAACCGAUUUGAUUAUUUUAAAUAUUUAGAAAUCAGUGGUUUGAUUGAAAUAAAUUUUUGCUAUUUGUUUUGUUAACACUAAGUUCAUCCUUAGUGGAGUCUCCAUGGACAAUCGAUCGAUAUUUUGAUUGACGGGACAAAAAUUGACUACUAUGCAAAUUAAGCAUUUAAAAGGAAAAUAAUGUGUACGUGAUAAGAAUUUGCUGGUUUUCCAGAGAUUAACAGAACUCAAUCGAGUGUUGUUUUUUUUAAAUACAAAAUCAUAUUCUAAAGAUAGUUUAGUUAUCAACCGUAACGCAAUUUUUGUAAAUUUUAAUUUGAAACGCAUGGAAUAGCAUGCACAAGGUCGCGAAACAAUUUUUCUCCGCUUCUAUUGAUGCGAACGUAUGCUCAAAUGUAUAGUACAUUAGAAACAAUUGCAAUAAAUGUUUUUCUAAGUGGUCAUAUUAUCAGUAUUUUUGCAAGAAAAAUAAGUGCUAUGUUUAUAAAUGAAUAGGCGACUUGGUCGCCGAAUGUUUAAUCAUUUCAAGAGAUAAUAAAUAAUAAAAUAUACAAACUUAGACAUACAGAGUAGUACAACUGAUAACUCACAAAGUGAACAAGUGAACAAUUUCCACAAAAAAAACCGAAGAAAAAUUCAAAAUUUAUUCGAAACAAAAAUGGAUUACCAGCAACUACCUUCAGCAACCACCUUAUCGAUCGGCAAUGGAUUGCAAAAUCAACAUGUUCAGCAACUAAUGCAAAACAGUGUCAUUAACAAUGUCCAAAUAAUCUCGUCCAUGCAACCUCCUCCUGUACCUGUUAACAAUAACAUACCACUAAGUGUUGUUCAUAAUUUACCACAUCUAACAGGAAAUAGCAAUCAAAACAGCAAUAACAAUAAUACCCAAAACAACAACCAUCACAAUUCACAGAAUCUGCCGCCUCCGUCCCAGCUCCUGCAACUCCAUCACCACAAUAACAAUAAUAACAAUAAUACUCCAAAUAAUAAUAACAAUACAACGGAAGAAUCGAAUCGAUGGACGCAGUUUCAGGUUCAACAGCUGUGGCGUCAUCAUGCUUAUUUAAACGGCAAAUCAGGGAACAGCAAAGACAUUUGCGGUGAUGAUAAAUUCAAAGAGGAUGGCGAUCCAUGGAAUGUUGAAGCACAAGCAGCCUUUCUGGGACCAAAUCUCUGGGAUAAAACGUUGCCGUACGACACGGAUCUCAAGUACGCCGACCUAGACGAAUUUCUGUCCGAAAAUAAUAUCCCAGAUGGUUUACCCGGAUCUCAUUUGGCACAUUCAACUGGCCUCGGUCAUCGGUCCGAUUCACUUGGUCAUUCAGCUAGUCUGCUGGGACUCGGUCACAUAACAACAAAACGUGAACGUUCACCAUCACCGUCAGACUGUGUCAGUCCCGACACAAUAAAUCCACCAUCUCCAGCCGAGUCAACGUUUUCGUUUGCAUCAUCGGGUCGAGAUUUUGAUCCACGUACACGCGCAUUCUCAGACGAAGAAUUGAAACCUCAACCUAUGAUCAAAAAGUCACGAAAACAAUUUGUUCCAGAUGAACUAAAGGACGACAAGUACUGGGCCCGUCGACGAAAGAACAACAUUGCCGCCAAGCGAUCACGUGACGCACGUCGCCAAAAAGAAAAUCAAAUUGCGAUGCGAGCCAGAUAUUUGGAAAAAGAGAACUCGUCCCUACACCAAGAAUUGGAGCAGCUGAAACAAGAGAAUAUGGAAUUAAGGGCACGCUUAUCCAAAUACCAGGACGUUUAAAAAAAAAUUCUUUCAAAUCAACAUAUUACAUCUGCGAUGUUUCAAUUUCAAUUAAGUUUGGUCGUUGUGCUUUAUUGAAAAUUUAAGAAGAAAAUAAAAGGAAAGGAAAAAUUGGGUCAAAAGAAAGAAUUAACAAAAAGGGGGAGAAAUAAUCAGAUUAUUUGCUAUUUUAAGAAUCACUUCUGUGCUGUUUCAACGAUGCAAAGCCGGUUGAAUAUUAUUACACAUAGUUGUUGUUGUUGUUUAUAAGAAAAAAUGAAAGAAAA